UAAGGAGCUUCAAAAUUGUCGCGCUGGAAAAUCAGACGAUCGUAAACAAGGCAAGACUCGCUUCCCCCCUCCACAUUUCUUAUUCGGCAUACUAACGUGUCGAGCAUUCCGGCAAGAUGGGUCGAUACGCUCGUGAAGCCGAUAACCCCAACAAAUCAUGCAAAGCACGAGGCUCAAAUCUCCGUGUUCAUUUUAAGAACACGAGGGAAACGGCUCAGGCUAUUAAGAAGAUGCCCCUGAGGAGAGCCUUCAAAUACCUGAAGAACGUUGUUGGCAAGAAGGAGUGCGUGCCCUUCCGCAGGUUUAACGGCGGCGUUGGUCGCUGUGCGCAAGCCAAGCAGUGGGGCACCACUCAGGGCCGGUGGCCAAAGAAGUCUGCUGAGUUCCUUCUGCAGAUGCUGAAGAAUGCCGAGUCCAACGCUGACUACAAGGGUCUUGAUGUUGAUAGGCUAGUUAUUGAACACAUCCAGGUCAACAGGGCGCCCUGCCUGCGAAGGAGAACUUACAGAGCUCACGGCAGAAUCAACCCUUACAUGAGCAGCCCAUGCCACAUUGAGGUGAUUCUGACUGAAGCUGAGGAGGCUGUCGCCAAGGCGUCCGAGGAGGAACCAACCAAGAAGAAGGUUUCCAAGAAGAAGCUGGCCCGCCAAAAGGAAAAGAUGAUGCGCGAAUAAACAUGAUUCCCCUUACACCUUGUAAGUCUCAUUCAACAACAUCUUCUAAUAAAUUAAGCGGAACAGCUUGUUUAAAUA